GCCAGCGCGUCAGCUGUUCAGAGAAGGAGGUCGCAGCAGCACGUUUGGCGCUAGUUUAGUUUGACGGCGGGCAAGUGAGUGUGCUGAGGAGCUUAUUCUGAGAGACCUACAACUUGUGAUAGUCGUAGCGGUUGUCAACACAAAUUCAGAUCUGCUUCCUGGUGUAAAACUUAAAAUGCCCAGCACUCGCUCACAGAAUCAGCCCACCCUUCAGUUCCCCCGAAGGAAGUCUUCCAGAUUGGGUUCUCGACCUAAAAACUCCUCUGAGAAUGCAGUGGACGUCCAGGCCAACCCUCUGUCCCCUAGAAAGUCAAAUGUGGGAGAUUCGCUUGAUGUCAGUCUGUCUCCCAAGAACUCCGUGCUGAAAAACACCUCUUUGUCUGAGAGGCUGCCCUUGAGCCCCCGCAAACGUACAGGUGACGAGAACGGCUGUAACCUCCCGGCCUCUAUGCUUGGCUCUCCUCCUAAGCAGCGCUGUGCUCCUCUGUGCUCCCCUCGCAAACUGUCCUUUAAUGAGAACACACCGGCCUUCUCCUCACCUCCACGUCCCACACCGUCGUCACCGAAAAUUCCCCUGUCUCCUAUUUCGCGUCCAUCUCCAAAACGGCUGCAAGAGACCCCCUGCACAAACCCGAUCCCCCGAGCAGAGGGAAAGCUCCCUGUUACUCGACUCUUUCCUGUAAAAAAAUCGGGUUAUCAGAGUGUAAAGCAGGCUCUUCACACUGCAGUACCCGAACGUCUUCUCUCUCGUGAGGCAGAGAGAGCUGCCAUUGUCUCCUUCUUGGACAACCAUGUGGUGGCGGAAAAACCCUCCAGCCUCUAUAUCUCUGGUGCUCCUGGCACAGGCAAGACCGCCUGUCUGAACUGUGUCCUCCAGGAACAAAAGUCUCAGGAGGUUCUCUACACGAUCUUUGAGUGGCCUUACCUGCCCAACUCUCGUGUUUGUCUCAUUGGUAUUGCUAAUGCAUUGGACCUGACGGACCGUAUUCUGCCCAGACUGCAGGCCAAACCACAUUGCCGACCCAAACUGCUCAACUUCCCUCCCUACAGUCGUGAGGAGCUCAAUGCCAUCGUCCAAGACCGGCUCACACAAGUAUCAGGUGAAGGUGUUCUGGACGCAGCGGCAGUUCAGUUCUGUGCAAGAAAAGUUUCAGCUGUGUCAGGAGAUGCCCGCAAAGCACUUGACAUAUGCAGGAGGGCCGUGGAGAUUGUGGAAGCAGCUGACAGGGCUAAAAUGGCAUCCGAACCUGUGGCCAGCCCUAAAGUGAUUUGA